CAUCGCAUUGCUUCAUGAUUUAAUCUCUUUUGAACUCUACCGGAAAUUUCAACCGAUGUCGUGUUAGUAGUUGUUUCGUACGUUAUUGUAAUGUUCCAAAAAUCUAUCUGGUUGCUUCUGAUCGUCAUAAGCUCGUCAAAUGGCGAACACGAAUAUCAAUGCAUAGAAUUCCCGGUCGAAAAUCAGUGUUUGCUAGAGCAAAUCGUGUAUCAUCCGGGUGAACAAAUUGUGUUUCCUGAUGGGUUCAAACAUUUUCGAAUUUAUAUGUCGAAAUAUAAGUACGGCCUUGUGUCCAACAUCAGUGCGUUUGAUGAACAGCUCUACGAGGCGAUGCAUCGACCAGCAGGUGUCGAGCUGUCAAAUGUCUAUCUGCAGCGGCUAGUUCUACCUUCGAAUCUGCAGUACGGUACAUUUUCUCACAAUGAGCUACGCACUAUAGAGAUAGAUCGCUCGAAGAUCUACCGAAUCAGUUUUCUUGACUUGGAUUCAAAUCACAUAUCCAACAUCAAGAGCAUCAGCGCCCUAAUUAAUCUCGAGACGCUUCAUCUGCAGCACAACAGCAUCAAAACGAUCGAUAAGUCUACAUUUGCACCACUCGUCAAACUGAAGCGCCUUUAUCUAAUGUACAACAAUUUUCGAAAGCUUCCAUGGGACGGCCUUCCCGCGUCACUGGUACAUCUUGACUGCCGCGGAACGGGGCUUGUAUCGGUCGAUUUCAGCCGCUCGAAUCUACCGGCUCUGGAGUACCUGAACGUGGCGAAAACUAGAAUCCUCGUACUGGACGUCACCGACCUUCUCCGAGCUGCUCCGAAUCUCAGGAAGGCCUAUCUAUUCAAUCAUCAAAUCCCUUCGGACGAAAUGGGAGAGAUUGUGAAGGUUCUUAAUCAGCAUAACAUUACUAAUUACGAUAUCAAAGAGGAAUACUGUUAUUACGACGAAGAGUACAUUGAUGGAAGGUGUGUAAGGCCGACACAGCCUUACGUUGGCAUAAGUACGUGGAUGGCAGUUUUGCUAACUGUGGUUACAUUAGUCGUUGGGGCUCUGUUCAUUUAUUUAGUGUAUCUGGUCUUUACACAUAUAGCUCGAUAGUGAUUGAUAUUGUUACACCCCGACAUAAAGCAGCUUCAAUUUUUUUUCUUUCGUUACGUUUUAUCGAGUUAUAUGAAAGAGUAAAAAAUUAUCUAACAAGGUUAUUCAACCUGAUUUUUAAAAUAAUAAAAAAACAACAUCGUGAAUCGAGGAAAUUGUAUUACGAAUUCAAUGUUUUAUAAUAAUUUGAUCUAAUUUCGUCUAAUAAAAAAAUAACGAAUGCAUUGUAAGACAUAGACUCAAAUAGUGAUGCAGGGGCUGUUAAUUUCCAUACAACAUUUAAACAAUCUGAACUUGUCAAUUUUCAUCUCGAAAUGUUGAAAAUUGAGCGAUCGACUUGCACAAUUCUCCUUCGCAUUCACAAGGUACCUACACGAGCUUUUACAAAAUUAUGAUAAUAAUUAAUUUUACAGUAAUAUUUUAGUCGACUUUUUUUUAGCGAAAAUUGGAUUUUUUACAACGAAGUAUUGAACAAAAUUCAAAAAUUGGAAAAUAAAAACCUUCCACCGUUACCUGGGAAAUUUUAUGAACAAAAACAGUUCAAAAUUUUAAAACGAAUUAUCUAGUAGAUUUCGAUUCAUGAUGUACGCUGAACAAUAAAUUGGUUUUGAUGCACCUCCAGAAUUUCACAGCAACUCGCUCAAU